AUGGUCUUUGGCAUGGCCAUUAGCUCCCAUGCGAUUUACCACCCGGAGCUACAGAACAACCCCCUUGCAGUGCUAAACGCCAAGCUGUGCCUGGCAAUGUACGUAUCCCAUGCGUUCCUGUUUUCGAAGUUCUACCUCGAGGCUUUCUGCAAGGAAUUUAGGAGCGGCGAGGCCACCUUUCUCAUGUUUUUCCAUGCAUUUGCGGUGGCUGGGCUUGUGAAGCUCGUGUUGCAUGAUCGCUGUUGGCCCCUGUUUGCGGAUUCUAGAGAUCAUCGCGUUCACCACAAGAACAGCGAUAGAGAGGGGGAUCCGUACAACGCGUCUCGGGGCUUUUUUUACUCCCACGUGGGGUGGCUCCUCCUCAAGAAGCCCCAGGCAGUAAAGGAUGCCGGCAGACAGCUCAACUUCGACGACCUCCUGGCUGAUCCAUUUGUGCGUCUGCAACACAAGCUGGACCCCUGGUGGAAUCAGUUUUGGUGCUUCCUGGCCCCGGCACUCUAUGCAUACUACCGAUACAACGACUUCUGGAGCGGCUUCUUCAUCUUGGGCUGUCUCCGCUGGUGCAUCUGCCUGCAUGCAACAUGGACGGUGAACAGUACGGCGCAUCUUUGGGGGGAUCGACGCUACAACGUGGAAGGAAAUCCGUGCGAGAGUUGCUUCACCUCUCUUGUUGCCGUCGGUGAAGGCUGGCACGACUGGCACCACGCCUAUCCAUUUGACUAUGCUGCCUCGGAGGGAGGUGUCUGGGAUCAGUACAAUCCAAGCAAGCUUCUCAUUGAUGUCUGCGCCUUCUUCGGGAUGGCUUGGGAUCGACGGCGCGCCACAGUCGCAUGGAAAAUGCUUCAAUCGGAGAGGGAGCAGCAUGCAGCGGGAAGAAGGCAGAGGGAAGCGGAUGCUCGGAAAAACUGCGAAGCCCUUGCCGCCGUGCACAGCCUAAGGGAGGUCGUGAGGGUGAAGAGCGCGCAUAUCAGCACACUCCAAUCCCUUGUGAGUGCAUUAUCCCGUUGCUUGAAGGUUUGGAGCUCGGGCCGCGACGGCGAAAUUCACGAGUCCAAUCAUAUUACACAAGCGUCACCUUUUGGCUCUUCUUGGUGCUGUCCUGUGUGUGCAUCCGCAGUGGAGUUUGGCCUUGGACGUGACUUUACUAGUGGGCGCCUAUACACUUACGUGGUGGUUCUACUCUGCAUGCACCGCUCGGUUGGGCACCCCUCCGCAGGCCCUCAUGGAGGCCUCGCCGUACGUGCUCCUCCCCCUACUGCUAAUCGUGAGCAAUUUGGGUGGGGUUGGGGGUUGUUGCACGUCGGUUGGCCGUGUAGCUUGCUACAGGACAACCGUGCACUUCUCCGGGGUGCACAGCGUCUACGGCUGUGCGCAUGCCAGCCUUCAGAAAAGAGGUGUGCUACCGAGUUUCAUGAGGAUCGCUUUGUUUUCUGUGUGCGUGUGGGGCGGGGUUGCUUUGCAGAUGACGUAAUGAACAACAACUGCCAAUUCGAUUUCCUGUGCGUGGCGCCCUCCGCGCUGCGCUGGGUGAAGGCUCGCCUGGAAAAGCGGCGAAGAGAAGGCAUGCCGCAGCUCAUGAAGGCAAUUCACGUGCUGCAUCACCGACCACUGGAUCUUCACCUCCUUCAAGCAAUUACUUUCGAAGUGCCACUGCAUCGGGUUCAAGAGGCGGUGUGCUUCCUUAAGGAGCGUGUGGAGUUAAUGCCUGCGGAGGUCUUUAGCGCGUCUCUCUCGGAUGGUUUCGCCAAUAUACACCCCGAAGCAAGACUGGAGUAUUAUAACACUGUGGAACACCCCGGACCUUCUCGUCGCCCAGAAGAGACUGCAGCGUCGGCGGGUGGAGAUACAGAGAAGAAGACCAAGGGGGUGGAUGAAACAGCAUUUGCCUCUUCAUCGUCUACUCUCACCAAGCGCACCAGAGCUGUAGGCUCUUAA